UCAAGUUUUGUAUGUAUGAUUAUUGGCUUACUUUCGUUCAACCUAACCUAUAUGUAUUUAUGCGGAAAAUAAGUAUUUCAUGUGAAAAGUAGAGCUCGUGGGAUUACAAAAAAAGAUAGUCAUGAAUUCUCAAAAAUUCUUAUCAUUACGAGCUCCUGCAGUAUCGUUCCUUCAAAUAUGCGGCUUCAAAAACUUUAAACCGCCCCCAAAAUAUGACCAUGUGGAAUUCCCAGAGCGACCGAGACUUAAAUACCUAGACAGAGUACCAGUAAUUCCUGCAAAUGUCCGUCCUCCCAAAAUGCAGAAACGUUUACGUUACAUGCGAGGCCCGGAAGACGUUCACAAUUUCUUGAUGCAUAAGCAAUUUGGCAUAAUUGCUUUAAGCGGGGGUCGUUUAAAAUAUAACCAUUUUGAAGUAAUCAGAUUGGCGAUUGGUAGGUUUAUGGACAAUGACAGAAUGUUCGCUGUAUGGAGAGUCGAUUCUCCUUGGCAGCCGGUCACCAAACGUGGUCAGGGUAUGAGAUUGGGGGGCGGAAAGGGUGCCAUCGAUCAUUAUGUCACCCCCAUCAAGGCGGGCCGAGUCAUUGUCGAAAUGGGGGGCAAAUGUGAGUUUAAGGAAGUUGAGCCGUGUUUGCAAAAGAUUUGCAACAAGUUGCCAUUUAAAGCUAUGGCCGUUUCACAGGAGAUACUCGAUCAGCAGAAACGGCAAGAAGAGUUUGAGGAGGCCAACAAUCAAAACCCUUACACAAUGAAAUAUCUGAUACAGAAUAAUAUGGGAGGAUGCAAUAGAUGGCUUUCUCCGUUUGAUCUCCGAAAUUUAGGGAAAUACGUUUAAGGUGUAAAAAAUUAUAUUUAACUUAUACCUAGACAGAAUAAUAACAAUAAAACACUUUUACUU